AAUUAAUAAAAUUAAUAGAACGUUAUAACUUGAUGUUAAGUUAAGGUUAUUUUCUUCAAUUUGUAUAUGUGAGGGGUAAAAAUGUUAUAAUAUAAGAUGAGAGGUUAAAACUUAUUAGUUUUGUAAAGUGAGAGGUUAAAACUUACUAAAUUUGUAAAGUGAGGGGUUAAAACUUAUCAACUUGAUAAGAUAAAGGGUUCAAAGUGUUAUGUUAUAAGUUGAGGGGUUAAAACUUAUCAACUUUGUAAGGUAAGGGGUUAAAUGUUGGUUUUUGCCUUAUUUUGGUGAAGCAGCUGGGAUCUUUUCUCCCGUACUGGUGAAUUUCAGCUACUGUGAUUACUAAUCCAAGCAUUAUAUCCUAGUAGUACCUAUUUUCACCAAAAAUGAAAAAAAAUCCUAGUACCUAUGGGUUCAUAUUGAAUUUUGAGAUACUAACAGGAGAUUCUAUAAAGACAUUUACAUGCGUGGGAAUUCGUUUUGUUUUCGAACAAACCGUCCUAGAAGCCACGUACUCCCCCUCUGUAAAAUCAGAUGACAUCGCCAUCAUCAUGGGGCCAACCUUCUGCUAUAAAACCUCUGCUUCUCUAUGAACCCCCAUGCAAGAAAAAUCACCAAGAACACACUAGCUAGGCUUACAGGAUUCAGGAUGGCAUUAAAAUCAGUAGUAUUGUUAGCUUUCUCCUUCUUAAUUGUCCUUGUAUUGGUUGCCGGAGCAGACGCCGGUGGGAUUGCCAUCUACUGGGGGCAGAACGGGAACGAUGAGGACGCCACGCAGGUCGCUAAGUAUCUCUGGAACAACUUCCUAGGAGGAAAAUCAAGUUCCUGUCCACUAGGCGACGCCAUCCUUGACGGAAUCGACUUCGACAUAGAAGGCGAGACGAACCAGCAUUGGGAUGAGCUCGCCGGCUACCUUUCCGGUACGGUUCAAUUCUACAACAUCUCUCCAUGCCAAUACGCGUCCGGAAACACUGCAAAUUUAGUGGAUGCCUGGAAACAAUGGACUAAAGAUAUUCCGGUAACUGAAAUUUUCUUGGGACUUCCUGCAGCCCCUGCUGCGUCCGGAAGUGGUUUCAUCCCGGUGAACGAUCUCAAGUCAGAGGUCCUUCCUGCCAUCAAAGGAGCUUUCAAGUAUGGAGGGGUGAUGCUCUGGUCAAGAUACUAGGAUGACCAAAAUGGAUGGUGUCAAUCCAUUAAAAACGUUGUCUAAAACUGUAAUUUCGGUUUGUGCUUUAUUAUCCUAAUAAUAUGUGCAAUAAAAAUUAGUACGAUUUGCUUUGGAAAAACCUAUUUUAGCAUUUUAUUUUAAUAAAUUUAUAAGUUUUAA